AUGAUGUCAGAAGAACAAGGUCCAGUAAUUGGUGUUAAUGCCAGUGUUCCUGUUCAAGAGGAACCUACAGUUUCUCCAUCACCCGAAAGAUCGGACAGUGAAGAAAGGGAAACUACCCCAGUUGUACCUGCCAAUGCUACUAAAGGUGGUAGAGAAACAUCUGAUAGAGUCUUGUAUGUUGGUAAUUUGGAUAAAUCGAUUACUGAAGAAGUUCUAAGACAGUACUUUCAAGUUGGGGGUCAAAUCUCCAAUGUUAAGGUUAUGAUUGACAAGAAUAAUGCUCGUGCCAAUUAUGCAUUUGUUGAAUACUUCAAAUCACAUGACGCUAAUAUCGCACUACAGACUUUAAAUGGUAAGCAGAUUGAGAAUAAUGUCGUAAGAAUCAAUUGGGCUUUCCAAAGUCAACAGGCUUUACCUGAUGAAAACACUUACAAUCUCUUCGUUGGUGACUUAAGUGUUGACGUCGAUGAUGAAACUUUGUGCAAUGCGUUUAGGAGUUUCCCCAGUUUUAUUCAAGGCCACGUUAUGUGGGAUAUGCAAACCGGUGGUUCUAGAGGUUAUGGAUUUGUUUCAUUUGGUGAUCAAGAACAAGCUCAAUUGGCAAUGGACUCAAUGCAAUCUCAAGAGUUAAACGGUAGACCAUUGAGAAUCAAUUGGGCAUCUAAACGUGAAAACCAUCACAAUGGCAACCGUCGUGGUGGUCUUGCUGGUAACCGUAACGGAGGCAUGCGUCUAUUCCCUAAUAAUAACAAUGGCUUUGGUAGAGGUAUGCCUAUGCCACCACCAAAUUCUAUGGGUAUCCCACUUGGGGGCACAUUACCACCAAAUGCUCAACCAAUGGGUGCACCACCAUCUGGUCCUGCCCCAACGGUUCCACCUCCUGUGAACCCACAAGCUGUGGAAGCUAUGAUUAGAAGAGCUCCACCAAGAGUUACUACCUCUUACAUUGGUAACAUUCCACAUUUUGCUACAGACAGUGAUUUAAUUCCACUUUUGCAAAAUUUCGGUUUCAUCUUGGACUUCAAACAUUAUCCAGAGAAGGGUUGUUGCUUUGUGAAAUACGAUACUCAUGAGCAAGCUGCAGUUUGUAUUGUAGCUUUAGCCAAUUUCUUCUUUCAAGGACGUAAUUUGAGAACUGGCUGGGGUAAAGAAAGAACUACAUUUGUACCAAUGGCACAACCACAGCAACCAAUGAUGAUGGCAGAUCAAUCUCAACAACCUAUUGAGCAUUAG